GACACGCUGAGCAGGCAGGUGGAACAGUGGGGAUGUGGAAGCACAGUUAGAUAGAGGCAUCAGAGAGAGACAGACACAGAGAGAGUUACAGACCAGUUAGUACAUCCUUAUGCAGUCACGGCUGCUCAACUCUCGCUUAAAACUCAGUGGAUUUUAAGAAGGGAGCGGGGUUUUAAUGGAAAUGUCAAUGGGUCCCUUUACGACACUAGGACUCAAGAGUUCAAAACGUGGCUCGGACUGACUAGAGGAUGUGACAGUGCAGUUUAAAUUGGACUUUAUUCUCGCACGUUUAAAAGAAAAUAAGGUAGAGGAGGCAAGAUGCGCCUGUGUUUGAAGAAGAUUUUUCUGACCCUGUUUGGGGCCACGGUCACUUUUCUGUUGGUGGCUGUGGUGGGUUACCAGAGGCGAGAGGAGAGCAGCGGGCGCGGGCUGCAGGCAAGCCGACUCUCAGGCGCCCUGAGCGGCCGCGGUGCCGGGGAGCGGCCGCUGAGUGAGCGGGCACUCGCGGCUCACAGCGAGAAGCCCCGGGGACUCGCCCGCUCCAGGUCCGCUCACCGGGAACCUCAGGUGGAGCUGAGGGACAUCUUCAUCGCUAUCAAAACCACACGCAAGUUCCACAAAUCCAGGCUGGAACUGCUCCUGGGAACUUGGAUCUCCAGAGUUUGGGAGCAGACUUAUAUUUUCACUGAUGAUGAGGAUGAGGAGCUGACAAUCAGGACAGGUCACCGAGUGAUCAAUACGAACUGCUCAUCAGCACACAGCCGCCAAGCCUUGUCCUGCAAGAUGGCCGCCGAGUAUGACGUAUUCAUCGCAUCCCGCCUGAAGUGGUUUUGCCACGUCGACGACGAUAAUUACGUCAACGUUCGCGCCUUGUUGAAUCUGCUGUCAAGCUUCCCUCCAACGCAGGACGUCUAUGUCGGAAAGCCCAGUCUGGAUCGACCAAUCGAAGCGUCUGAAAAAUUGCCCAACAACAAAACAAAAUCUGUCUUCUUCUGGUUCGCCACUGGAGGAGCUGGGUUUUGUAUUAACCGAGGAUUGGCGCUGAAGAUGGCACCAUGGGCAAGCAAUGGAAAUUUUAUGAACACAGCGGAGAGGAUCCGUCUCCCUGACGACUGCACCAUUGGGUAUAUCAUUGAGGCUAUCCUGGGUGUGAAUCUAAUCCGCAGCCCACUCUUCCACUCCCACCUCGAAAACCUGCAGUUGGUUUCCAAAUCCCACAUUCAGAGUCAGGUCACUCUAAGUUAUGGAACCUUUGAGAACAAGCAGAAUAUUAUCGAGAUGAAAGGAGCAUUUUCGGUAGCUGAAGACCCUUCCAGAUUCAAGUCCAUUCACUGUCUACUUUACCCAGACACAUCUUGGUGCCCUUAGAAGAGCAGCCCUGACCUCUGUCACUGUCAGGGUUAAAGGUUACUGCGACAUAGAGGUCACCGCUGCCAACUCUGCACUUUCUGAAAGCACUUUGGGCCAAUUGACUUGACAGAGAAAAAUGGAGUUAACUUUCUUAAAAAAAAAAGUCGACCAUGAAUGAAGGAGAACAGAAAAUCAAAGAGGACUGAGCCGGACAAUCAUUGCUAGAAUGAUGGUGAAGAAAAUGGCCGCCCUCCAAUGGUUCACACAACUGAAGGAGACGACAUUUAGCACCAAACUUUGACUGGACCCUUGAUCAGGGAUUAUUUUAAGAGAAAUUAAUUUUAAAGGAUAUAUUUUCUUACUUUUUCCUUCCUUGAAAGAGAACUCUGACUGAACACCUACCAGGUACCACAUGGAGAAUAAUGAUAAUUGCCUUGUUUGGUGGCCGCGGGAAUUUCUCUGAAGAAUUCUUGUACAUUCAAUAAAAGCAGUGCUGCCAGGUUGCACAGGAAAACAGUUUACUGAUCGGUCGUUUCCUGACUGCAAGUUUAAACAAUUCUGUUCAUUUUUUUUAGAAAAUAAUGUUGUUAAUAUAAAGAAAAAACAAAGUAAAGAGUUCUAGUUUUCAUGA